AUGGGGAUGUUCGGGGUAUUGCGAACCCGCCAAAAGGCGCCUGGCCAGUCACAGCACCUAUUACUUUACAUCAUAACGUUUGCCGCACCCAUCAUCGCGCCAAUUGCCACACUUCACCAUGUUGGCGAAGCGCCGCUUGAAAGCCUCGCUUCUUGCAGGCUUCCUGGCUUUGACCACCCUGGCCGAGAAAACGCCUGUAUCAUCAUGCUGGCGCGGAACUCGGACAGGAGCGACGUCCUUCGAACGCUCCAGACCUUCGAUCCAACCUUCAACGCCCGCUAUCGGUAUCCGUAUGUCUUCUUCAACCAAGAGCCUUUCGAUACCGCCUUCAGGGACGCCGUUACCAAUGCCACCCAAGCGGUAGUCUACUUUGAGCUGAUCCCGCCAGAACAAUGGUCCAUCCCGCCUCACUACAACCAAACGGCGGUGCUGAAUUCCUUCAAGAAGCAAGGUCAGGAGCGGCCUGGACUCAAAGCCGAGUUUGAAAAUUACCAUCAUAUGUGUCGCUACUACUCGGGCUAUUUUGCAACUCACCAUGCCCUGAAACGGUUCAAGUAUUACUGGAGGAUCGAGCCCGACGUUACGUACUUUUGCACACUCGCAUAUGACCCAUUUGCGCUCAUGAGGAGAUGGAACAAAACCUAUGGCUUCAACGUCGUCGGCAUCGAGGCCCUGUGGACCGUGCCGACUCUCUGGAGCACAGUCCUGGAGUACCUCUCGACUCGCAAUCGGACAUAUCCCGAGCACUUGCGAGCCUUUGAUCGGAAAUCUGGCGAGUCGCCAGAUGUGUUGAGCGCUUUCAACUACCACUAUUUUUUCGACAACUUCGAGAUUGCCGACCUUGACUUUUUCCGGUCAGAUGAGUACCAGGAUUACUUUCGGUUUCUCGACGAUCGGGGUGGAUUCUAUUUUGAGAGGUGGGGUGAUGCCGCCGUCCAUACCCUUGGCGUUGCCAUGUUCCUAAAGCCGAGUCAAAUCCACUAUUUCAAUGACAUCGGCUACCGCCAUGGACGGCAUGUCCACUGUCCUGUGGAUAUCCCAAAGUACAAGGUCACCUUUGACAACUGCAAUUGCCGCGAUCUAAUGCCCAAGACAAACCCUGAUGCAUAUCUCACAGACUCGUGGUGGGACGAGGCUUUGAAGCACUAUCUACGACUUGUGCCAGAGCUCGAUCGCUGAACGACGACGGCAUCAUUCGGUCGCAUAUGUUCGACAGAUUUCUGGGAAACCGCAAUGCUCGUAGAUACCAAAGCGGUGUAUUGAUCUCAUAAUACCACGUAUUCAUUCUGAUUAUUCGCCCAUGCGAGCCCUCAUCUCUCGCCGCCUCAGCUUUAGGCUGCCAUGGGCAAAUUUGGAUACCAAUCUCAUCCUGGAUCGCGUCGCUCGAUCUCCUUGAGCAGCGGUCGGCUGCUACCCAUAGUCACGAUCCAAAAUAGAUUGGCUCCCAUAACUGGAC